UUUGAGUGAGCGGGAAGAUUGCUGGCGCUGUUGGUACCAGCUGCAUGAGAUCGGCGACAACAACAUGCGCCUUGUUGGAUGAUCUGGAAGAGAGCCGGCAUGGCCACGGGCAAAGACGCGUUAGCGUAGUAGCAGCUAUAUUAGUUGUAGCAGUGCCAGCAUUAUUCCGAGUUUCCGUGCAGCAUCCUAGAGGCAGGCGGAUGGCGGAGGCGUGGCGCUAAAAAGGCUGCAUCCGUGCAACAUCACCUGCAUCCGCCGAUCUCUCGCUCGAAUUCUUGCUUUGCAGCUCCAGCUGAGACCCUCCAUGCGCCCGCGCCAUCGGAACACUCCCCAUUAAGCACAUCCUGAAACACGCCCAUCGCAUUCCAGUGCACCUCUCCCGCCAGAAACAGCGUCUCGAGUCACCCAUCGGCCACUCCCCAGCAGGCAACAGCAGCACGACACGCACGCAACCACCGAACGAGGCGUAGCAGCUAUGGAUGCCCUCACCCCCGCCGAGCAGCGCGAGCUGCAAACUCGCAUGGAGCGCAAGCAGAUGAAGGACUUUAUGAAUAUGUACUCCAACCUCGUGCAGCGCUGCUUCAACGAUUGCGUCAGCGACUUCACCUCCAAGAGCCUGCUGAGCCGGGAAGAGGGGUGCGUGAUGCGCUGCGUCGACAAGUUCCUCAAGAGCUCCGAACGCCUGGGCGAGCGCUUUCAAGAGCAGAAUGCGCAGAUGGCGCAGCAGGGGAACAUGGGGAUUGGGGGGAGAUAGGAUGAUUCCUUGUUGCAUUCGUCCUCCCCUUUGAUGUGUAUGAUUAUGGAGAUGGGGUCUGCAUAAAAAGGUGUCUGCAUGUAUGUGUGGCGUAUGGGAUAUCUCGGGCGUGUACUUUACUCGACUCCGAGGCAGGCUAUGGUCGGUGUCCAAUCAAGCAGAUUCUUCACCCCUCUAUCCCAAGCUCACCU